AUUUCUGGAAAGAAUGUAUGGAAAUAAUCUUCAUUAACAAUAUUUCAUCACAAUCAACAACAAUGUUCAUCUCUGUGAUUAUAAAUUAACACAAGAGACCAACUGUCCUAUCAACUGCAGGAGGGGAAACCACACGGCUGAUGCACCACCCCCCCCAAAGAGGAAAUGGUGGUUUUAGCUGCUCUGAGUCAAACAUUCAAAGUGAUUGAUGUCACAUCACCAACAGGUACGAUGGCACAAACAUCUCUGCAAUGGCUGAUCUUUCUGACCUCACUGCUGAGCAGCACAACAAACCAAGCCUCUCUGACUGUGAGUCCCAGCAGCUCUCAGAUGUUUGAAGGACAGUCUGUCUCUCUGAGCUGUGAGGAGGACGACAGCUCUGCUGGAUGGACUCUGAGGAGGAACACGACCAGAGAAACCAGGACUCAGUGUGGAGAUGGCUGGGGAAGACCUGCUGGUUCUUCCUGUAACAUCAGCUACAUGGACCCAGUGGACAGUGGAGUUUACUGGUGUGAGUCCAGAGAGGGAGCAACCAGUAACAUCAUCACCAUCACUGUCACUGGUGGACCAGUGAUCCUGCAGAGUCCUGUCCUCCCUGUGAUGGAGGGAGAAGACCUCACUCUGACCUGUAAAACAAAGACGUCCUCCAACCUCCCAGCUGGUUUCUAUAAAGAUGGCUCCUUCAUCAGGACUGAGCCUGCAGGUCACAUGACCAUCCACCAUGUUACCAGGUCUGAUGAAGGCCUCUACAAGUGUCUCAUCAGCAGUGUUGGAGAGUCUCCACCCAGCUGGGUCUCUGUCACAGAGAAACCUACGACAACAAGCCCUCCUACGAGCUCCACAACCUCUGCAUCCACUCACCCUGACACAACCUCUGCAGCUCCACCUCCGGCCUCAGACCACCUCCCCCUUGUGAUCAGACUGGUCUGCCACCUGGUGGUGUUCUGUCCGUACUGCAUCUCCACUUUCAUCAUGGUGUCUUUAUAUCGACGCAGGGCCACAGGUAAAUUCCUGCCUGUUGUCGUGGAGAUGACCCCACCCACCCGGGCUGAAGAGGGAAUGGAUGACGACUAUGAUGAUGUCACCACGGAGCAUCACUUCUGAACUGAUCUGAAAAUGAGCUCAAAUGUAUAGAGUCCAUAAUGUCUCCGUACAUCAGAUACAGAACGCUUCCUGAAUUCUAGCUGCCCAGCGACUCAGAGUCUCCACUGCUACAACAAUCCCAAAUUCAUGUGACCCGGCCAUCUUAAAUUCUCGUGUCCUUGGUUCCCCGGUAGACAUUCAUGACCACAAGUCCCUAGGCCAUAUGCCAGAUGAUUUUUGCUACAGCCCCUGCCUAUUCCACUGUUUUUCAGUUUCCCAAAUACUUAGCUUCGGUAGGUGUUAGAAAAGUUAUGCUUGCUAUAAUCUUUGCUUCAUUUUAGUGUUAAAUUAUUUGCAUUACAAACUGUGCAUCCAUUUCUGUUGCUCAUGUGAUAAUCAUGAUUAUCACUGACCAUGUGGAAAGCACAGACAACCCCUGAGGGCAGGGCAGGCAGAGGAGACGUCAAGCCUGACCAGAGACAAGAAAGUUUCUCUUUGUGUGAUAUUACUCCCUUCUCCCUAUAAAAAGCUACAUUUAAAGACUAUCAACAGUCAUUUUCUGUACUUAUGCUGAAAUGCUGUAAACUCACUCUACUUGCUGCAAGUAAAAGAACUUUUAAGAGAA